CAGGAUGUUGUUGACUGAAAGCAGCAUGGAAGCCGCGCGGAAGAUUUUGUGCGCGUUAUUUUUAAGAUGAUGAACAUUUCUGAGUUGUUUAAUGUUAAAUAGUGCAAUAAAACAACAUUAGGUAUAAUAAGUUAUAAUUUUGUGGGGUGAAAGUGUGAGAAAAUGCCUCGCUAUGCGCAGCUUGUAAUGGGACCUGCUGGAAGCGGCAAGAGUACAUACUGCUCCACCAUGAUCCAGCACGCCGAAGCCAUAAACCGCUCCAUACAGGUCAUAAACCUCGAUCCAGCCGCAGAGCACUUUAAUUAUCCAGUCAUGGCAGAUAUCCGAGAGUUGAUCCAGGUGGAUGAUGUGAUGGAGGAUGACUCACUGAGGUUCGGGCCAAACGGAGGCUUGGUUUUCUGCAUGGAGUACUUUGCUAGUAACUUCGACUGGCUAGAAGAAAGUCUUGGCCAUGUUGAGGAUGACUACAUACUUUUUGACUGCCCAGGUCAGAUUGAGCUAUACACUCAUCUUCCGGUCAUGAAGCACUUAGUCGAGCAGCUCCAGCAGUGGGAGUUUCGUGUGUGCGGCGUCUUUUUAGUCGAUUCUCAAUUCAUGGUGGAGAGCUUCAAGUUCAUUUCUGGUGUAAUGGCAGCCUUGAGUGCCAUGGUGGCACUAGAAAUCCCCCAGGUCAACAUCAUGACCAAAAUGGACCUGCUGAGUCCUAAGGCUAAGAAAGAGAUUGAGAAGUACCUAGAUCCCGAUAUGUAUUCGAUGAUGGAGGACAGCUCUGCCACGAUGAGGAGCAAAAAAUUCAUGAAACUCACCAAAGCUAUCUGUGGUUUGAUCGAUGACUACAGCAUGGUGCGUUUCCUGCCUUUCGACCGCACCGAUGAAGAAGGCAUCAACAUUGUUCUCCAGCACAUUGAUUUCUCCAUACAGUACGGCGAGGACCUGGAGUUCAAGGAGCCGAAGGAGGAUGAUGAGGAGCCGGGCAACCAGAAUUAUGAUGAGUAUUUCCAAGACAGAGUGGAUUCCUAAACCCCAUGGCUGCGUGGCCACCAGAGAGACUGAAGGGAACGGAUAUUUUAACGCACUCAGCUGCUUGGCGCUGUGGAAAUCCAAGCCUGAAAGUGAACAACACUGUCAGAAAGAGCCUGGGUGUAAAGAGAGAAUGGCCAAGAAUUAUUUUCAGUGUUUUGUUUUGUUUUUUUGUCUGACUGCAUAAGUGUUUAUCUAUUAUUGAUGCUCUUUGCUCUUAUACUGGGUGUAGACAUAGCAUGCUACAUUCUUUAACUUGUAAUGUUAAAUAUUUUUUCAAUAAAAGUGAGAUUUUGGAAAGUG